AAAUGUCGAAGGCCGGAUUCGCACGAUCAUUUCCUUUCUCGUCGGCCAAGAAAGUUGAGGGACAAGGUUCACUUCCAUCAACAAUGCCGGUGAGCAUGUAGCGCUUAAAGAUAGCCUCAAACAGCAACUUCCAGAAGAGAUUUUCUCUACCAACGAGAAAACAUGGGGGAGGGUUUCUGGACCUUAUUCUGCACUAGUUCAGACUGUUCAACCGAAUCUGGAAAUGAAUGCAGUUCUGGAAUUUUAUCAAUUAUCAAUCCAGAUUCAUGUAUCAACAAUAUUUUGAUCAUUUCGGUUGAUAUCUUGCUCCUACUCAUCUUGUUAUGCUUCUUCGUGUAUAGAAUAUCAUCAAAGAAGAUUAUAGCACCACCAGAGUCUCAGUACACCUUCUCUGCAGUGUCAAUUGCAUCAGUGAGCUUAAAUGCUGGUUUGGCUUUGGCCUACUUGGGGUUUGGAAUUUGGAUAAUCAUCGACAAAGUAAUUGCAGAGCAGACUGUCUUACCUCUCCAUAGAUGGCUUGUCUUGAUUUUCCAAGGGUUCACGUGGUUGGUUCUCGGUUUAACCAUAAGCCUAAAGAAGCUGCACCCCCCAUAUAUUGCAAUAACAGUUUCAGUUCUUGCCUUCUUGCUUGCAGUUUUCCUUUGCAGUUCAUCAAUUUGGGAAGCUGUUACUGAUGAGGCAGUAUCGGUUAAGGUUGUUUUAAACAUUUUAUAUUUCCCUGGAUCAAUCCUUUUGAUAUUUAGUUCCUUUCAGGGAAGCAAUUUCUUUGCAAAAGGUGAUCCAGAAAUGCAUGAUGGUGCUUUCUACACACCUUUGCAAGGGGGCGGAAUCUGGUAUCAAGGGUGA